AUGGGAUUUGAGUUGGUUUAUGAGACUGAGGAUAAAGUUAGACAGAUUCAGGAUCAUCUGAAGGCAGCUUUUGAUAGACAAAAAUAUUAUACAGAUUUGAAGAGGUGUGAUAUUGAGUACUCUCUUGUGAGGUCCAUUGCUUAUCAGUUGGAGUUACCUCCUGAGUUAGGCCUUAUCUAUGAUGUGUUUCACGUUUUGAUGUUGAAGGGGUAUUGGUCUGGCCUAUCUCAUGUUGUCUCAGUUGAGGAGAUCGAGGUUAGGCCUGAUUUGACUUUUGAGGAGAAGCUGAUUCAGAUUCUAGAUCGUGAUAUUAAGGUUUUGAGGAGGAAGUCCAUUCUUCUAGUAAAAGUUUUAUGGCAGAAUCAUGGUACUGAGGAGGCCACGUGGAAAUUUGAGGCCUCGAUACAUCAGCAGUGUCCUCAUAUGUUUGGAUCAGAUUACUGUUGUUUUACUCAUUCAACUAUUGCUGCUACGAUUUUCAGUUUCGUUAAUUGGUUUGGAAAUCUUAAUGAUAGCCAAUAUAUAGUAGUAAUCGUUGAAUUUAGUGGCGUAGGAGAAUACGGUGAGACAAUGGUUGUGACUCCAACGGUUUAG